UGAUAAGCCCCGGUCACUAAUCAGAAACAAUCCUCUCACCUCUGCUGCUGGAGGCCUCACCGUCCGCUCUGUUCACUGCUCAACCUCCCACAGCUCAGGACGAGUCUGUCUGCUCAGAGGCACUACGGCAGCAGAGGAGGCAGACGUCACUUUCCACUGUGUCUGGUCGGUGGGACUUCCUCUUGUGAUGUGUGAGCAGAGGAGAACCUGGACAUGUUAGCUAAUGCUAAGAGCCUGAGUUCUGCUUAAUGCCAACUGACCAGGUCACAGUGUCUGUGGUGGAUGUGAGGACGUGUCUGUGCUGAUCUGAGGACGUGUCUGUGGAGAGCAGCUUUCCGAGAGACAACCCUCCAGUGAAGAUGAGACCAUGGUCCCGGUACUGACCUCCAGAAAAGCCAGUGAACUCCCUGUCAACGAAGUAGCGUGUGUCCUGCAGGCCGACCUGCAGUCGGGUCUGACCCGGGAGGAGGUGAACCGCAGGAGGGCGUACCAUGGCUGGAACGAGUUCGACAUCGGUGAAGAGGAGCCGCUAUGGAAGAAAUACAUCUUACAGUUCAAAGAUCCUCUCAUCCUGCUGCUGCUGGCGUCGGCUGUCAUCAGCAUCCUCAUGCACCAGUUUGACGACGCUAUCAGCAUCACUGUGGCCAUCAUCAUAGUCGUGACAGUUGCCUUCGUCCAGGAGUACCGCUCAGAGAAAUCUCUAGAAGAGCUCGGGAAGCUGGUUCCUCCAGAAUGUCACUGUGUCAGGGACGGGAACCUGGAGCACCUGCUGGCCAGAGAGCUGGUUCCUGGAGACACCGUGUGUCUCUCGGUGGGAGAGAGGGUCCCAGCAGACCUCCGCCUCUUUGAGGCGACCGACCUGUCUGUGGAUGAGUCCAGUCUGACAGGGGAAACCGCCCCCUGCUCCAAAUCUACCUCCCACCAGCGGGCAACCACCAAUGGAGACAUCGCCUCCCGCAGCAACAUCGCCUUCAUGGGGACGUUGGUGCGAUGUGGCAAAGCCAAGGGCAUCGUCAUAGGAACCGGAGAGAGCUCUGAGUUUGGGGAAGUUUUCAAGAUGAUGCAAGCAGAAGAGGCUCCUAAAACUCCGCUGCAGAAGAGCAUGGACCUGCUGGGGAAGCAGCUCUCUCUUUAUUCCUUUGGCAUCAUCGGGGUCAUCAUGCUGGUGGGCUGGCUGCAGGGGAAGAGGAUCCUCGACAUGUUCACCAUCGGUGUCAGUCUGGCGGUAGCUGCCAUCCCAGAGGGUCUGCCCAUCGUGGUGACGGUGACGCUGGCGCUCGGUGUGAUGCGCAUGGUGAAGAAAAGGGCCAUCGUCAAGAAGCUCCCCAUCGUGGAAACUCUGGGCUGCUGCAACGUGAUCUGCUCAGACAAGACGGGAACUCUGACCAAGAACGAGAUGACCGUCACUCAGCUGUACACGUCAGACGGGCUCCACGCCGAGGUGACGGGCGUCGGCUACAACAGAGAAGGAGAAGUGUUUCUGGACGGAGAGAUCCUCCACGGCUCCUCCUGCCCCUCGGUCAGUAGGAUCGUGGAGGUCGGCUGUGUGUGCAACGACUCCGUGAUCAAGAAUCACACUCUGCUGGGACGACCAACUGAGGGAGCGCUCAUCGCCCUCGCCAUGAAG